GGGUCCCAGUGAACGCCCCCAGGAGAUAUACUGAGUGAGCAGGGAGGACUCCCCCAGCAGACCUGGGCGUGGGUCUGGGUGGUAGAGAGGAAGAUGAGGGAGAUCUGUCGGAUUUGCGCCCGGGAGCUCUGUGGCAACCAGAGACGCUGGAUAUUCCACACGGCUGCCAAGCUCAACUUGCAGGUGCUUCUCUCCCAUGUCCUGGGCAAGGAGCUCUGCCGAGAUGGCAAAGCUGAAUUUGCCUGCAGCAAGUGUGCGUUCAUGCUGGACCGCAUCUACAGGUUUGACACGGUCAUCGCUCGCAUCGAAGCCCUCUCCAUCGAGCGUUUGCAGAAGCUGCUGCUGGAGAAGGAUCGCCUCAAGUUUUGCAUUGCCAGCAUGUAUAGGAGGAAUAAUGAAGACUCUGGUAUUGAUGACAAAGUUGUUGGGGAUGUGACUGUUGACAUUUCUGGCCUGCCUGAUGUCAGAUACACAGCCCUUCUUCAGGAGGACUUUGCCUAUUCUGGAUUUGAAUGCUGGACAGAGCAUGAGGAACAUAUCCCAGAACUGCACAGCUGCCACACUUCGGAGAGCGUGGGUAACCGCCCAAGGCGAUGCCGUGGCUGUGCUGCAUUACGUGUUGCAGAUGCUGACUAUGAAGCAAUUUGCAGAGUCCCACGAAAGGUGGCUAGGAGUAUCUCUUGUGGUCCUUCCACCAGGUGGCCAGCUAGUGUAUGCAACGAGGAAUCUUCUGUAUGUGAACCUAUAACUGCUGACUUGGCAAGUGUCAAGGUGCCUGUGGAAGAAGAAAGCAUGGAGGAAGGGACUCCUGGGUCCUCUGUUGAAUCCUUGGACACAACGGUUAAGGUCAGCCCUCCACGACAGAAGGAUGAGGAAGCAGACAAAGGUGUAAAAGGGAGUGAGAAGUGUGAUGAUUGCUCAGAUGCCCGUACCACUCCAAACUCAUCAUUGUACGGGAAUAGGUUGGAGCUAGCCCUUAGCCUGAUCAAAGCUUUUGACUACAAGCCUGUUCAGAGUCCCAGAGGGAGCAGGUUACCUAUUCCAGUGAAAUCCAUCCUGCCAUAUUCCAAGCCUAGCCAUGAUCUGGUGGAUGGAAGUGCUCUUCUUGGCUCAGUGAAUGCUGGUUCUGGUUUCCUCAGUGCAGCCACAAAACCCUUUCCCUUGGAGCUUUCUGACCUGCAGGAGCUGUGGGAUGAUCUCUGUGAAGAUUAUAUGCCACUUCGGGUACAGAAUCUGCCUGAGGACCAUCAGCAGCUGACUCAGUGUGACCCCGUGGCGAGUGGGCGUGUGUCUGAAUCGCAUGCUGCUGAGCUGCAGGACAAAAUCCAGCAGUACGAUGCCACCAACAAGUUGCUGCAGGAAAAGCUAAAUGAGAUGAAUUUUGAAUUAAAAUCUGUCCAGGAAGCAUCCCAGAGACAAGAUCGUACAAUCCAGAGUCUGAACGAGGCCCUGAAGAGCAAAGAAAGUGAGACAGAGGAGCUGUACCAUGUGAUUGAAGGGCAGAAUGAGACCAUGGCCAAACUACGAGACAUGUUACAUAGAAGCCAGCUUGGACACUUGCAGACCUCGGACGGUCCAUCCCCUUCCCAGCAGCAGCAGCACAUGGCACUGCUAGGUCUGCAGAACACGCUCUUCUGCACCCAGCUGGAGAUGCAGAAGCUGAAGAGGGCUCAGCGGCAGAAAGAACACCAACUGGCUGAAGCCAGGAGAGCUACCCAGCUUCUAGAGGCUGCUGUGCAGGAGGAACAGCAGCUGAAAGAGGUGUCGUGGAAACAUAAUCAGGAGCUGCGUAGUGUUGUGCAGCAGGUACAAGCAGAGCUGCAGGGCAAGGUUCAGGAGCUGCGGGCCCUGGAGGGGGAGAGAUGCUGUGAGAUCCGGGCCCAGGAGCAGCGUGUUCAGCGUUUGAGCCAGAGGCUGGCUCACAAAGAACAGCUUCUGCAGGAAUCCCGGGAACUUCUGCAACGUCGGCAGAGCUUGGAGAAGAACCCUGCGGUGACUGAUGCUAUGCUGGAGAAGUUGCAGCAGCGAAUCAAAGACCGAGAUGCUGCUCUGGAGCGAGCAAUAGAUGAGAAAUUUUGUGCCGUGGAAGAGAAGGAGCAAGAGCUGCGACAGCUCCAUCUCUCUGUGAGAGAGCGGGAGCGUGACCUGGAGAGACUGCGCAGCGUCCUGUCCAGCAAUGAGGCCACCAUUCAUAGCAUGGACAGCCUGCUGAAAGCCAAGACGCUGGAACUAGAGCAGGUGUCAGCAACCUGCCAGAACCUCCAGUGGCUGAAAGAGGAAGUCGAGGCAAAAUCCAGCUGUUGGCAGAAGGAGCAGGAGGGGAUAAUACAGCAACUGCAGACCUCUCUGCAUGACAGGAACAAGGAAGUGGAAGAGCUCACAGCAACCUUGCUCUGCAAGCUGGGCCCAGGGCAGAGUGAGAUUGCAGAGGAUCUGUGCUUGCGUCUCCAGCGGAAGGAGAGGAUGCUGCAGGAUCUCCUGAGUGACAGGAACAGACAGGCUGGAGAACAUGAGACCGAACUUCGGGAGCUGCUUCAAGCCAUGAGCACCCGGGAGCAGCGAAGCCGAGUAGCAGCCGAGAAGAUGGUGCAGGCUCUGGCAGAAAAGAGUGGCGAAGUACAAUUCCUGCGCCAGCAGCUGGUGGGGAAGGAGCUGGGGAAGAACACAGCGGCUGAUGGCAGGCUUCUCCUCCAGAAAGACAAGCAGCCCUUUCAAGAAUUACUGCCAGGAGGUUGCGGGAACGCUACUGCUACCGGAAUCUCCAAGGGAGAGGACAGCAAAUACAGGAUGGAGAAAGGCCCGUUGGAGACGGCUGCCGAGCUGGAGAAGGAGCUUGUUAAUGCCAGAGAGGAACUGGAGCUAAUGGCAAGAAAGGAAAGAGAAAGCAGGUUGGAGCUCUCUUCUCUUCAGUCUGUGGUGACGGCACAGGAGGAGGAGCUGCAGGUGCAGGCCUCAGAUAUUGAGUCCCUGACCAGGAACAUCCAGAGCAAGGAGGACCUUAUAAAGGACCUGCAGAUGCAGCUGGUUGAUCCUGAAGAAAUCCCAGCUGUGGAACGACUGACCCAAGAAGUCCUGGUGCUUCGGGAGAAAGUAGCCACAGCAGAGUCACGAGGACAGGAGGCUACAGGGAACAGACGGCAACAGCUGUUGCUGAUGCUGGAAGGGCUGGUGGCGGAGAAGAGUCGCCUGAAUGAAGCUCUGCAAGCAGAAAGGCAGCUGUACAGCAGUCUGGUGAAGUUCCACGCUCACCCAGACAGCCCCGAGAGAGGCCAGACUCUGCGGGCGGAGCUGGAGGGGGCCCAGGCGCUCCGUGGACGACUGGAAGAGGCUCUUGGCAGAAGCAUGGAGCAUUUGCGCAGGCUGGAGACCCUGGGCGCCUUUGGAGGUGGGGAACAGCAGAGUGUGAGAGAGAGUCCUACCCCAGCAUGCCUUCUGAGCUCUGGCCUUCACCCUGCCACCUGCCCUGGAUGGAAACUGGUCACUAACCGAGCAAGCCUGGCUGACUGACUCUGGGAGGGUUGACUUGUUACUAAUGAUGUGAUAGGAGUGGUGCAUUUAGAGCUGCCCUGGAAAUGGCGAUCCGUGCAACCCAUGUGUGUCUCGUCUAUGUACCUGUCUCUGGUCCUUCAGGGGAGGUUAUGAAAUAUAUUUGCACAUUUGAGUCAUUCCAUUUUAGUUGAUCCACCUCCAUCCUUCUCCUACUCCUCCCUUUGUUCCUCUCCCAAUGGGCCAAAUAAAGAUUCCCUCCCUGUGAAA